AUGGCUGGAAAAACUUCUGCUGACCGUAAACUGCGGCGAAAACUCGCUGACAACAUCAAGCAAAAAUGGAAGCUGCCGAACAUUGAUGGGACUGUAUUUCCUGAGCGCGUGCGACACGGCGGAGAAUUGCACACCUGGCCUACCAAGGUCUUAAGAGCACUCAACGACCUUGCUACUGGCAUGCCGGGUAUCGAUGAGAGUGAACUGCAAACCCUCAUGGAGAGACUGGGUAUCGAAUACGAUACCAGGAUAGAAAGUUCCUCUGCGGUAGUCGACCACCCGUCAGGACUAGAGGAUAUCGAUGUGAAAUCCGUUAUAGAGGGCCUUAGAAGAAAAGCACGUAUUCAGGACAGCGAGAAGGCACUGGGGAAACGCAAGACCGUUACUCCUGAUCCUCAAGGGAAAAAUCAAGACACCGGGGAAUUCCUGUCCGAUACGAAUGUCGCAUCGGGAACCGGUGACACGGCGGACGAUACACUCACGGUACGACCGUCUAAGAGGCGCAACGUUUCCACCUCACAUGCCACGAGAGAGAACACGAUUACCGAAGACGAGGAAGAAAGCUCGAAUACUGCUGAUGAAGAGCCACAGGAUGAUGACGCUCAUACACCCCAAGCAGAAGACUCAUCUUCUACAGCCGCCGUCAGUCCUGCAACUCAAAGCACACUGUGGGACGUCAUGAAAGAUGAGAUCAAGGAAUGCUGGAACUUGCCUAAAGAAUACGACAUCAAAGAUCUAAUCCCUGAUCACAUGAAGGACAAGGACCACCGCAUGGCCCCUCAGUUGGAUAAAGAACUAGAAAAGUAUUGGAGACCUAAGAGACACCACAAGUCGCAAAAGAAAGGGGGACUAGUAAGGCAACUCCUAGAGUUGGCUCGAGCAUCAAGAAACAGGAUGGAAGAAGCACAGCGGAAGAUGGAAGAGAGCUUCAUGGAUGAGAUGGAAGAAGGUGAGGAUAUGGCAGGCCCAUCUGGAUCAAACUCCAGACUUCAGUCGUGUCCCCAAUCUCCACCGCGAGCUCCCACAACAAAUAUCCCACCUGAAAGCAUCGCCGCAUCCCCCCUAUCCAUCCCUCAGCCUCCUUCUCAGACUCCAGUAUCACAAGCCCUCACACCCCACCAACUCCCCACCUCACCCCUCCUAACCACCCUCCAAGACCUCCAUCUCCGCCAAGCAUCCCUCGACGUCACCAUUGCCGAAGACCUCGUCGCAGCAGCCCAAAGCAGACGUACAUCAGAGUGUUUAACGCGCUACGGCUCUCUCAGUAGUCGCAGUAGUUUCCAAGUCUCUUCUUCCGCUCAGCCAACAGAUGCUGAUGCUGAGGUUGAUGCGGCGAAAUUGGCGGUGGUUUUGGUGAGGAAGGAGCGGGAUAGGUUGCUGGGGGAGGUUUGGAAGGCGCGGCAGGGGAUGGAGGGGGUGGGGAAGGGUGGGAGUAGAGGAGACGCUGAUAAUUAG